GUGAAUGCAUUAAGCACUUUAAAGGAUGAUGAUGAUGCUUCCGUUGGAAGCGGUUUAUAUUCAUCAGAGGAAGAUAUAAAUAAUGGAAAUGAUCGUUUGAAGACAGUACAAGGAAAUGGAACAAAUGUUUCAAGUAUCGGUUAUGGGGACUAUCAUCCUCCCCAAGGAGGAGGGGAACCUUCUGUAAGGAGGGGAGGAGGAGGCUACUUCGCCUCCUCCCCCCUUAAAAAGGGAGGGGGAGGAACUUUCCCCCCCUUUGGGGGACAAUACCCUCAUCCUACAAGUAGAUAUGGAACACCAAAAAAAAACCAUGUCACUUCCAAAUAUGGAGCACCAAAAUAUGGAACUUCAAAAUAUGGAACCUUGAAGAGUGGAACAUCAAAAAAUAAAAGUUUCUCCCAGAGGAGUAAAAGGGCGAAAGAUGUAUUAAAAGCUUUAUGGAAGAAAUGUGUAUGUCAUGGUAAAAAACAUCGACGUUGGAUGAUGUUUUUUGCGGUGGUUAUUAUGGUGAUAUUAUAUUUAGUAUCUAUGUGUUAUGCAAAAAUAUCCAGAGGAGCUCGCGACUGCUUCAUUGACGUAUGCGAAAAGGCAGCUGCUGCUUCUACCACCGCAUGCACGCACGUAGUAACCAUAGAAACCUCGGUAAUAAUAUUCACAGCUACCGCAGCGGUAGUCGUCGCUGUAUUAGGUGUGUUAAUUGGAUGUUAUUAUUUCAAAUCACUGGAAAAAUAUAUUCAAUCAAAAUCUCAACCUUAA